AUGGGUAGAGACAACAGAGUUCACUAUCUUAGAAAGCAAUCUUGGGCAACUAAGAGCAACAAGUUCAGAAAAGUUAAGACUCCAGGAAGGAGAAUUACCAUCCAAUACACGGCAAAGAAGUGUAAGGGACCACAAGAAGGUGUUACCGGAUUGUUGCCAGGACCAUUGGCUGGUAUUCCACACCUCAGACCAGGUGCCUUCAGAAGAUUAAACCACAAUGCCAGAACUGUCUCAAGACCAUAUGGAGGAGUACUUUCCCACAGAACUGUUAAAGACAAGAUUGUCAGAGCUUUCCUCAUUGAAGAGGCCAAACUCCUCAAGAGAUUAAUGAAAGAAAAGGCUGGAAAAGAUGCUAAGCCAAAGAAGGAUAAGAAAAAGAAGAAGGACGGCAAGAAAGAUAACAAGAAAAACAAGAAGGGAAAGAAAUCUCAGAAGUAAAUUGGCCAUUA